GAUUCAUCUGGGUUAUCACUGUAAAACAAUAAGACUUUAAAAAAAUCACCAAACAACAAUUCGAUAUUGAUGAGAGUUCAUCGGACCCUAACCCUUCUUUGGUAGCUACAACACCACCCCAACACAUAUUCGAAGCAAUCGAAGAUAGUAGAGAUAUUGUUGUGCUCGGGUUGUAUUGAUUGGUUGGUCUAAAUGGAUCCAAUGGGCGAGGAGCAAAUAGAUUAUGAGGAGGAGGAAUAUGGAGGUGCUCAGAAGCUCCAAUAUCAGGAAAGUGGAGCCAUACCUGCGCUUGCAGAUGAAGAACCGAUGGUAGAAGAUGACGAGUACGACGAUCUCUACAAUGAUGUUAAUGUUGGAGAAGGCUUCCUGCAGAUGCACCGACCUGAGCCGCCACUCCCACCUGCUGGUGUUGGGAAUGGAGGACUCCAAGCUCAGAAAAAUAAUGUUCCUGAACAAAGAGUUCAAGGUGGUGCUUCUCAGGAAGUGAAAAAUCCGGGUUUUUCAGUUGAAGGAAAGUAUUCUAGUGUUCCUGAACAGAAGGAUCAGCCCCCAGUGUCUGUGGUGCCAGAAAUGGCAUCUCAAAAGGGGAGGGUUAUGGAGAUGACUCAUGAUGCUCAAGUGAGGAAUAUGGGGUUUCAAGGGGCAGCAACUAUGCAGUCUAAUGUUGUCGCUGAUUCUUCAGAUCUUACUGGAAAAAUUGCAAAUGGCCCUAUUCCAUCGAUGAAUUCUGGUAGUAAUGGUCCUCCAGCUGUUCAACAGAUGCCUGCUAAUCAAAUGAAUAUGAAGAUAAAUGUUAAUCGUCCAAUGGUAAAUGAAAACCAAAUCCGUCCCCCAGUUGAGAAUGGUUCGGCCACACUGUUUGUUGGAGAACUCCAUUGGUGGACUACUGAUGCUGAGCUGGAAGGUGUUUUGUCUCAGUUUGGGAGGAUCAAGGAAAUUAAGUUCUUUGAUGAGAGAGCCAGUGGUAAAUCCAAAGGUUAUUGUCAGGUAGAUUUUUAUGACCCAGCAGCUGCCAGUGCAUGCAAAGAGGGAAUGGAUGGUUAUGUUUUCAAUGGGAGAGCUUGUGUUGUGGCCUUUGCUUCUUCACAAACUCUAAAGCAGAUGGGAGAUUCUUAUGUCAACAAAUCCCAAGGCCAGGUUCAGACUCAGCCCCAAGGAAGAAGGCCUAUGAAUGAUGGUGCUGGGAGAGGGGGAAAUAUGAAUUUUCAAGGUGGAGACACAGGGAGAAAUUUUGGAAGGGGUAAUAAUUGGGGACGAGGUGGACAGGGAGUACUCAACAGAGGUCCUGGUGGUGGAGGACCUGGGAGGGGAAGAGGGGCUAUGGGUGCAAGGAACAUGGUUGGAAACAAUGCCGGGGUUGGAACUGGUGCUAAUGGGGGAGGCUAUGGACAGGGACUUGGAGGUCCUGGAUUUGGUGGUCCUGUUGGAGGUAUGAUGAAUGCACCGGGUAUGAUGGGUCCUGGGUUUGAUCCAACAUAUAUGGGCCGCGGAGGUGGUUACGGAGGUUUUCCUGGUCCUGGUUUUCCUGGAAUGCUUCCUCAAUUUCCUGGUGUUAAUGCAAUGGGACUUGCUGGGGUUGCUCCUCAUGUAAACCCAGCUUUCUUUGGCAGGGGCAUGGCAACGAAUGGGAUGGGGAUGAUGGGUUCAUCUGGAAUGGAGGGGCAUCAUGCCCCUAUGUGGAAUGAUCCAAGCAUGGCUGGGUGGACCGGAGAAGAACAGGAUCGAAGAACUAGGGAAUCGAGCUAUGGUGGUGAUGAUGGUGGGUCUGAGUAUGGAAACUAUGGGGAGGCAAAUCAUGAGAAACCAGUUAGGUCAAGUGCUGCCCCUAGGGAAAGAGAAAGGGAAUCUGAGCGUGAGUGGACAGGAACCUCUGAGAGGAGGCAUCGUGAUGAAAGGGAACAAGACUGGGACAGGUCUGAGAGGGAGCAUAGGGAGCCUAGGUACAAGGAAGAAAAAGAUAGUUACCGAGACCAUCGGCGGAGAGAGCGUGACGUGGCCUAUGAGGAUGACCGGGACAGAGGACACUCUUCUUCAAGACCUCGCAGCAGGUCCAAGGCAAUGCCAGAAGAUGAUCAUCGUUCUCGAUCAAGGGAUGUGGAUUAUGGGAAGAGGAGAAGAUUACCAUCCGAGUGACACAAUACACAAGCAGACUAUUUGUCCUUCUUUGGUUUGUCUUUGAGACUGCAGGUAUGUUUGGACCUUCAACAGUGUGUCUAGCCUGGGAUAGCUACUGUUCAUCUUCAUCUGUGUUUCAAUGAGCCCACCUGCAAUCGUUGUAUCGUCAUGGAGAAGUAAGUUCUAUCGGUCUGCAUAGGUCGGAAUUAUAAUUUCCCCCCUUGCUUUUAUACUGCUUUCUACAGAACAUUUAUCUGUGGCAAUUACUGUGUGUUGAAAACAAUUAGUAACUUUCAGUAGCAUAACUAUCAAGAUAUCACUGUUCAGGUUUGGUUACUCAUAUCCUGCUGCAGUUAUCUUCUUUGUUAUUGCUGUGCUACUACCUAAUCUUUCAUUUAGACAAUUGAUUAUGAGUUUGUGAUAUUUAUAGUUUGGAAAUUUCAUAUGUCUAUGUGAUUGUGGGAGGUUUUUCUAGAUUUUCUGUUUUAUUUCUCAAGUGAAGGAUUUACUUUAUCUUAGCUGAAAUAAAGAUGAUGGAUGCCACAAAGGGAAAAGAAAAAUAGAAUUUGUUGUGUGUUCUUUGCCCUUGACAUU